AACCCACCCCUGACGCAUUGGGAAGCUUCUGAAUUUCAACCAAUGAACGAGCACGUUACAUUUACGCACAGGCGUUUCGGACCCCCGUUGUAAAUACGAAUGACAGACAGAGGCGUUGAUAUUAAUGACUUAGCACAAUCAUUACGGAAACCCGACUCGACUUUGUAUUUCAGGCUGAUGAGACACCGUUGAUGUCAUUCCUUAUACCAACCAGCGUCCUGACAGCCGAGGGAGGAAGACUGCCGUGUUCCACAGGUAGCUUGUGGCCAAUGCCACAGGCGCUACCUGGCCAGGGAAGUGGACUACCAACCGGACUACAGAGCUUGCAAGUUGGCCCCAACGAAUAUCCGUUGCCCUGCCUAGUCAGUUGCUGUGCAUCUGCCUUCAGGGAAAGUGGUCAUGUCAGACUUAAAUAAAGAGCUGGUGGAUUUAGUUUGGGGGAGACCAACAACCGGGGCAGUUUCCGCCUCCAUCUUUCGAAGAUGGACACAAGGGUUUGUGUUCAGCGAGAAUGAGCGCACAGCUCUCGAGCAGUUUGAAGGGGGCCCAUGUGCUGUAAUUGUGCCUGUACAGGCUUUCCUCUUGAAGACUCUUCUCUUUAACCCAGAGGCUUCAAACUGGCGAGACAUGACGGAGGAGAAGCAGAAAACUGUCCUGUGUUCCGGGCUGAGCGAAAUCCUGGAGUCGGCCUGUUCUAGCACCUCCACGGGGUUCUGCCUCGUGUCGUGGGCUAAGGGACAGAGCCCUCAUACGAAAGCACAGACCCAGUCACAAACACAGGACAUGCCGGCGCCGGAGAGCAGCCAGCCGCUAGAGGGGCAGCAACCCACUGCUUUGGCUGUUGAAGACCUCGGCUUUGAGCGAUUUCACAGCCUUCUUCAGAAGCGGGUGGUGAUGUCCGUGUCAGAUCUCCAAGCGGAGGUGCUUUCUCUCUACCACACCUGGAGGGGGUGUUGUGGAGUUUUGCUUUUCCUCUACUCUGUCAUCCUCACCAAGGGCAUUGAGAACAUCAAAAACGAGAUCCAGGACACACUGGAACCCCUUAUAGACCCAGUGCACGGCCAUGGAAGUCAGAGUCUGGUGAACCUCCUUGUUACGGGCCAUGCUGUCUCGAAUGUUUGGGAUGGAGAUCGAGAAUGUUCUGGAAUGAAGCUUCACGGUAUUCAUAAGCAGGCGUCAGUUGGCUUCCUCACGCUCAUGGAGUCAUUACGCUACUGCAAGGUGGGAGCAUUCCUGAAGUCGCCCAAGUUCCCUAUUUGGAUCAUCGGCAGUGAAACUCACCUCUCUGUUUUUUUCACAAAGGAGAUGUCCCUCGUUGGUCCAGAAUGUCCAUCAGAGCAGGCAAGGAGGGUCUUCCAGUCAUUUGAUCCUGAAGAUAACGGCUUCAUCCCAGACUCUCUGCUGCAGGAUGUGAUGAAAGCCCUUGACCUUGUCUCGGAGCCAGAAUAUGUCCGUUUGGUCAAGAACAAACUGGAUCCAGAGAACUUGGGCAUAAUUCUCCUGGGCCCGUUCCUUUUGGAAUUCUUUCCCGAUCAGGAUUCAGGAAUCCCGGACUCGUUCCCCGUCUACCACUACAACGGACUUAAACAGUCCAACCACAACGAGAGGGUGGAGUACGUGGAAGGGACGGCUUUGGUGCUAGGGUUCGAAGACCCCAUGGUACGGACCGACGAUACUCCAGUCAAGCGUUGCCUACAGACCAAGUGGCCCUACAUCGAGCUGCUGUGGACCACCGAGCGCUCUCCGUCACUCAACUAGUCUUGUUUGUACAUGCAACGGACCACUACUGCCUCCAUCUCACUCACACACACACACACUUGUGCGGUUCUGCUCCAGGGAGCUUAAAGAUAACGGGACCACAAACAACACAGACAUGUACACAUUCCGUAUACGCAACGUUAAUGAAUGAGAACUUCACAAAUGCACACUAAAAGACUCAAACAAACACACUGUAUAUGCCUGAAAUUCAUUCUCUCAGUCUCGAUUGAACUUACCUUUAAACGAUACUUAUUGUCUGUUCAGCACGGCUCGCCAUUUGUCACGUGGGAUGUUUAUCAUAUCGAACCGUCGCGCGUCACACGAACCCACGUGCUGGCGCGUGUACGGAGCUGUCACGGGAACUGUACGACUAUUCGAAGGACGGGUAACACAAAAGGAAUGACCAAAGCCUUCCACGUGAGAACACGGACUUUCACUCUCACUGCUCAACGUUUACAAUGUUCAGACCAACGUAAGCACGUGUGGAACUGUGGAAGUGUCUUCAAAGUUUUCCACGGUAUGUAAGAGCGCACACUGAACGAUGUACCUCAUGCACCGCGUCGAGAAGGCGGCCCGGCGAUCAUGUAUUUAUUAGCACGCUCACAGUUCCGAUUGUGGAAUAAACACUUUUUCUUGAGGACAUCCUCCUCUGUUGUUUAAAUCUGAAGCUCUCCCCGGGCCAACGUCAGAAAAUGUCAGGUUUCCGGGUCCAUCUGCAUCCUUUCACGGCGUACGUUUGCGCCGUGGAGGCUCACGAGGAAUAGAGCGAUACAUCUCCAGGAGGGUGAGUUGAAAUGUCUGAUAAAAAUGGUGUAAGAUGAUGUGUUCUCACCUAGUACACUUGAAGGAAUGUUUGUCUUGUACCUUACAGGGUCCAAACGGACCUGUCCAAACCCACUUGGUUAUGUACAAGUCUUGCUGAUAGAUUGAAAUAGUGAAAGAUACGCGUGAGUUCAUGCUCGGUACUGUUAAACAAAAUUGAUAAGAAGUCGCAUUCACACUGACUGGAUCUGUUUAACCUGAUGAGCUUUUAUUUGGGUGUCAAAUUUGCAUGCAACAAAAAUGUGCUAUGCCAGAGUGAUUUGCAAAGUGUACAUUUACCAUUAAUUGUGCGUGUCAGAAUCACCAAAUUAAAUCUUCAAACUGCAGUACAUUUUCCCCUUAUGUUUAACAUUUGGUUUCUAUUCAAACGUUUGAGCGCAUUUUUAUUUCACCUAUAG